AUGUAUGUAAUUAUCAAGCCUACCGCAGACUCGAGCGCGCACCUUUGUUCAGGCCCGACCGUCUCGCCCAAAGGCUCCUGGCAGAGAAUCUACAGCGAGAUGAGAGACAAAUGGGGACAGAACCUCACAACGCAGGAACCAAUUCCUCCAUUCAUCAUACCCCCCUGGCAGCAGGGGCCAAAGACCUACAUAGACAAACAUAACGAGACAGCACGGGAGCGACACGACAGGGAGACUGCGACGGAUCAAGACCUCAGUAUCUACACAGACGGAAGCGGAAUGGAUGAUGGAAUUGGUGCCGCUGCAGUGUGCCCGCACACACAGCAGACGUGCAGCGCCUAUCCUGGGCUGUCCACGACGUCCACAGUAUAUGCAGCAGAGCUGUAUGGAAUCAACCUAGCGCUGCAGAUAGCACAAAAGUACGCAGAUCGGAACGGAAGCAGACACAACGUCGCGAUCUACACAGACAACUAG